AUGUAUCACAGACGAACUUCCGUUAAAGGACCCUCUGCUCCCACGCAGAUUUACCAGCAACCUCCGAGGCUUCUCAUUAUGCAUAUCGCUCUACCAUCCUGGGCUGACAUCUGCUCAAACCUCUGUGAGGCUCUGCAGAACUUUUUCUCUCUAGCCUGUAGCUUGAUGGGCCCCAGCCGCAUGUCCCUGUUCAGCUUAUACAUGGUACGGAAUCAGCAUGAAUGCGUCCUCCCCUUUGUGCAAGUGAAAGGGAAUUUUGCUAGGCUGCAGGCCUGCAUCUCAGAACUCCGCAUGUUGCAGAGAGAGGGUUGUUUCAGACCCCAAGGCGCUUCUCUGCAGAUGGCAGUAGAGGAUGGGCUCCAGCAGUUCAAACAGUACAGCCGACAUGUGACCACAGGCGCAGCUCUGACCUACACUUCCCUGGAGAUCACUGUUCUGACUUCCCAGCCUGGAAAAGAGGUGGUCAAACAAUUGGAGGAAGGAUUAAAAGAUACAGACCUAGUCAGGGUCAGGAGGCUUCAGGUGGUUGAGAUUACAAAGGGAGUCCUGGAGGGUAUGGACUCAGCAUCCCCUGUUGAAGAGCCCAGCAACGAUGAGAGUUCUAUCCUGGGAACUGACAUUGACCUUCAGACUAUAGACAAUGAUAUUGUCAGCAUGGAGAUUUUCUUCAAAGCCUGGCUACAUAAUAGCGGAACAGACCAAGAACAUAUGCACCUUCUUCUUCCUUCACGGUCUUACAGCAGCACUUCCAGAGCCAGAGAUAAUCCAAUGUGCCUGAAAUGUGAUCUCCAAGAGCGACUUCUCAGCCCGUCCCUGCUCCCUGGCACAGCUGAUGGCUCCUUGAGAAUGGAUGACCCCAAAGGAGACUUCAGCACACUCUACCAGAUGGCUUCACAGUCAUCAGCCUCUCCUUACAAACUCCGGGUGAUCAAGGCUCUAAAAUCCAGUGGGGUCUGCGAGUCCUUGACAUAUGGACUCCCAUUCAUCCUCAGACCCACAAGCUGUUGGCAGCUGGACUGGGAUGAGCUGGAGACAAAUCAGCAGCAUUUCCAUGCUUUGUGUCACAGCCUACUGAAAAGAGAAUGGCUGCUGUUGGCCAAAGGGGAGCCCCUGAGCGGAGGACACAGCAUGAGAGAGCCCGCCAGCAUAUUCUAUGUGAUCCUGCCAUCACGCUCCCCAACCCUGCUGGUGAAGGCAGUGGCCACACGGGAACUGAUGCUGCCCAGCCCCUUCCCCCUGCUGCCUGAGGACCUGCCUGAUGACAGCCUGAAGAUUGUGGAGAGCACACUGGACAGCCUGGAGCUGGAGCCCACCUACAACCCCUUGCAGGUUUGGAGCCACCUGUACUCACACCUGAGCAGCGCCUCUGUCAAGCCUCAGGGCCGGCUCCACCCAAGCUGGGAGAGCCGGGCCCUAAGAAAGCAUCCCUGCAAGGCUGGGCAGUUGCAAAUGAACCGAGUUCGAGCCACAGUGGCCCCCCUGACUAUGACUCCAGCCCCUGGCAAAGCCCACAAGAUGCUAGCAGCCAGCAAAGCUUCCUCAGAAGCCUUCUUCCAGCUUUCCAUGGAGGAGGAAGCAGAGGAGGAGGAGUAUCUCUCAGGGCCCUAAGUCACCAGAGCCAGAGCCAGCUGCC